AUUACCUUAUCUAUCAAGUAGAUCAUGAUGGUGGUCGACUUCGACGCUCCUGAUCCUGCUUAUCCUCUUCCUCCUCUGAACGAGAUCCCGGACGAUGAUGCUGACAAGCCGAAUGAAGAAUACAAGCUGACUACAACGCCGAAUGGCUUCCCUGCGAUCAUCUUUGGUGCUGCUACGUUUUCCCGCAUCUAUAACGAUGCCGAUCAUAACUCUGGAGUAACACCAUUGCGGGCUGCCAGACUGGCUCUACGCUAUGGUAUAAAUGUGUUCGAUACUGCACCAUUUUACGGGGAUUCCGAGAUCAUCCUCGGGAACGCUCUUCGAGCUUUGAGGCAUGAAUUCCCUCGAGAGUCGUAUACGUUGGUCACCAAAGUCGGUCGUUAUCCUACCGGAUUCGAUUAUGCCCCCGAAGCUAUCGAGAGGAGUAUUGCGCGCAGUCUUCGGCGCUUGCAUACCAACUACUUUGACAUCGUGUACUUGCAUGAUGUCGAAUUCAUUGCGGACGAGAAGCUCGCUAGAAGAGGAGGCAACCAUGUUGCUGCUCUGGGGGAGGAGAGGGAACAAUAUGGGUUGAACGAAAGUCAGGAGGGUGAGAUUUAUACAGAAAAGGACCACAAAGUUUUGUCCGCUGUGAAGAAGCUUUUUGAGCUGCGAGAUAGAGGUAUUAUCAAGCGAGUCGGGAUCAGCGGCUUCCCACUUCCGACCCUCCUGCGCAUUGCAAUUCUCAUCCAGAAGCGCCUCGGGAAGCCAGUGGACCUCGUGAUGUCCUACUGCCACCUCACCUUGCAGAAUAGCACGCUCGAGCAAUUCAAAUCUGCCUUCGGGCCACGCGCAGGGGUCAAGCAAGUUAUCACCGCCUCGCCGAUAGCUAUGGCGCUCUUGCGACCUUCGCCCAGUCCCAUUGCGUGGCACCCUGCGCCACUCGAGACCAAGGAGGCUGCGAAGAGGGCUGUGCAACUCAGUCAGGAGUGGGAUGCGUCUGGGAAUGGUCUUCCUGACUUGGCGCUGCAGUACACGUUCGCACGGGCGAGGGAGAUCGGGGUGCCUGUCGCGGUGGGGCUUAGCACGCUUGAGGAGGUCCAUGCGAGUGUGAAGGCCUGGCGUGAAGUGGAUGCCGAGGGGUUAACGGCGAAGGAAGAGUGGGUUACUCGGGUUAAGAACGUGCAGGACCUGUUCAGGGAUGUGCAAAUGCUGGACUACUCUUGGGCGACACCUUGAUUUACCUCGGUGAGGGUGAGCAGCGCGCGGUACCACUAAGUUUAUCGGAACAGUAGUUGAACGCGUUGAUAAACCAAACGAUAUUUGAAUUGAUACAAACAAAACAAACUACAAUU